ACUGACGUUGACACAACCCACCGGCAGCAGUGUUUUGUUCAUCACUUGUGACUUAUCAAUGAUACUUCAAGUAUCUUUCGUGACGUCUAAGACGUAUAUAUAACUUUGUUCUUUUCGCCUAAACUGCAGUAAAACAUUGGAUUUUGUACAUUGCGGUGUAAACAUUCGUGCCAGUUCUAAUCCAAUACAUUCAUCACAUUGUUCCAGAAGAAUCUAUGCAAAAUGUCUCUAUAUCCAACUCUCGAAGAUUUAAAAGUAGAUCAUAUGAUAAAGGCUCAAAUACAAACAGAGUCACAAUAUAAUGUUCCACCUAUAGCACAAGAACAAACCAAUCCAUCUGCACCUGUUUAUAAUGCCUUUUCUAGUGCAUUAUAUCCUUCCUUAGGAGACUAUAUGGGUUUAGAACUUACUGAAGAAGUGAUAGCAAAAAAUAUGCCUGAAUAUUCUCUUGUGAACCAUAACAUGACAGUAAGUGUGCCUGCAACUUCAAGUCCUUUAGCAGGUAUGGUUGCACCAUUGUCUGGCCAAUCUUUAGGAUUACAGAGAGCACAAGUUACUAAUGGUAUAAGAGAAUUGAUACUAUGCAAAGAUAAAGAUGGUAAAGUAGGGUUAAGAGUGCAUGCUGUAAAUAAUGGCAUUUUUGUAUGCUUGGUAAGCCAAAAUUCACCUGCUGCACUUGCCGGAUUAAGAUUUGGAGAUCAAAUUUUGAGUAUCAAUGAUGUUUCUGUUGCUGGAUAUACAAUGGAUCAAGUUCACAAAAUAUUCAGAAAUGCUGAUAUUAAUGGUAUUAGAGUAAUAGUAAGAGACAGACCAUUUGAACGCACAAUAACAAUGCAUAAAGAUAGUGUGGGAUAUAUUGGAUUUCAGUUCAAAAAUGGAAAAAUAAUUGCUUUAGUUAAAGAUUCUUCAGCUGCUAGAAAUGGACUUUUAACAGAUCAUCAAAUAUUAGAAAUCAAUGGAAAGAAUGUUAUAGGAUUAAAAGAUAAAGAAAUCACGUCAGAGAUUGAAAAAGGCGGAAAUAUAAUUACGGUGACGGUUAUUCCAUCGUACAUUUUUGAUCACAUGAUUAAAAAAAUGAACAACAGUUUAUUGAAAACAAUGAUGGAUCAUUCUGUGCCAGAUGUUUAAAAUAGUCUUUAACUUGUAGUUUGAAAUCGAUUUUAUAUUUUAAUCUUUUGAAGAUAUACAUGUAAUUUUUCACAUUACAACUACCAUACAUAAACCAGGUAUAGUAGUGAGAUUAUAUUUCCACUGACGAAAAAAUAUCAUUAUAACAGUUAUGAUUCAAUUUUUUAACUAAAAAGUUAAUAAAAAUAGUUGGAAUUUUU